CGAGUAUCAACAAGCCUUGACAGUCUUCCACACCUCCCUAAUUUGUCGAUCAGGCUUUUUUAUAUCAGUUGACGGAUAUUCUCAUCCAGAUUUGAUCAAGGGACGACGUAAGAUAAAGGACUUCAAAUUUCUUUUCCUCUUCCCUAUUCCGCUCCCCCCGGUUCUUGCGCCGGCGCAACCACGAUGGCUACCGUUGCGGUGGGCACUCCUCUAGCGGAGGCUUUGAGCAAUGCUAUUCAACCAAAACUGGUGGAGAUGGGCUGGAGUUCUGAUAGUAGCGAUUCCGCGCUGACUGAGUACGUUAUUUUAAUGCUCGUCAAUGGCAAGACUCAGGAACAGAUUGCCAGCGAACUCUCAAACGAUCUCCUCGGGCUAGGCGAAGGCGAUACACAAGCAGUGGAUUUUUCAAGAUGGCUCUUUGAGCAAGUCGACGCUUUCAACCAGCAAAUCAAUGGCCAGAGUGCACAGACAUCGAAUGACAACGCCCAAGCGAUUCCGUCAUUUGACGACCAAGAGACCACAACGUCUCAGGUGCAAGGCCAUGAAAAAGGACCCCAGUCAUCUGAUACGAACAUGAGUGACGCCGGAAUUUCCGGCGAUGGAAUACCUACGGGACCAAAGUCAAUGCGCAACGGCCGUCAAGGCGGCCAGGCAGGUCGGGGUAGAAUGCUCAACCAGAUCAACCGAAACCUAGAUCGCGGGGAUUCUGGAUUGCAUCGUAUUCGCGACCAGACUGGUGGCGGCCGAAUAAACUCUCAUUCACGCGGCGGAAACAGGGGCGGGCGCUUUAACCAGAACGGUAAUGGAAGGCUGUUUGGUGGGCGCGGUGGCAUGGGUAUGGGGAACAACCAGAUGGCAGGUGCUGCGGGCAACCUGAUGAACAUGAACCCGAACGAUCAGAUGCAUCUGAUGUCCCUCCUUGAAGAACAAGCGAGGAUGAUGGCACAACUCAUGCCCGGUUUUGUCUCACCGGCAAUAAACCCGGCGUUUCAGCAGUCUGGCCCACAACGCUCCUUGUCGGACCGAGUUGAACGCCCAAGAGGGCCCCGUCAACAUGGGGCCUUUGGAAAUCGAGCGCAACGUGCAGACUCGAAAAAUAACGACACCGAUAUGGACAUGACUUCCGACGGUGCCGUGCAAAAUGGCCAGGAUGAAAACAACACAGAUAACAUUUGCCAUUUCAACCUUCGCUGCACGAGGAAGGACUGCCCCUUCGCGCAUCAGUCUCCCGCUGCCCCCGAGGGUACUCCUGUUGAUGUUUCGGACGUGUGCUCUUAUGGUGCGGCGUGCAAAAACCGCAAGUGCACUGGGAGGCACCCCUCGCCAGCUGUGAAAUCAGCCCAUCAAGCAGAAGAACUUUGCAGGUUCUUCCCUAACUGCACGAAUCCUCACUGUCAUUUCAAGCAUCCUUCGAUGCCGCUGUGCCGCAAUGGUGCUGACUGUUCCACCCCCGACUGCAAGUUCACGCAUCUCCAGACUGCCUGCAAAUUCAAUCCCUGUCUUAACCCUACUUGUCCUUACAAGCACGCCGAAGGCCAGAGAGGUGCAUUUGCCGACAAAGUCUGGACCGCAGACUCCGCUAAAGCAAAGGCACGCAUUAGCGAGCGGAAGUUUGUCAACGACGAGGAUGCCCCCGAGGAGCUCAUCAAGCCAGAGACUGGGGCGGAACCCUCUUCACAAGAGAUUGUAACAUAG